CUCUUCACUGCUGACUCGGGAGACCGUGUAACCUUCUGGGGGAUCUGAGCGGCUCACUCUUAAUCACAGAGGUCCCGGUGACAUGAGAUCUCACUUCUUGAACAAAAGCCCUGCUAAGAUUCCUCACAAGACCAUCAUCUGUGCCACCCUGCAGUUUUUGAUUGGCACGACUCUCAUCGUGACGGGCUGCCUUCUGCUGACCGGCUACAUGAAGCACGUGGGGACCAGCCGGGCCAUCGCCGUCCUGAUUGUGGGCAUCUUGGUCUUUGUGCCAGGGUGUUACCAUCUGGUCAUCAUCUAUAGAACCUGCAGAGGCUGCCAGGACUACUCCUACAGUGACCUUCCGGACUGUGAGGACUAGACCACAACAGCAAGAAAGGGGGCCGGCUGCU